CGCAAGAGAAAGGUCUGCAAACAGAAUCCGAAGCAGAGAAUAAAAUGGAUAUAUUUACACAGACUGCAAAGGAGAGGAAGGAAGAGAAAUGUCUGCAAACAGAAUCCCAAGCAGAGAAUAAAAUGGAUAUCUCUACUCAGACUGCAAAAGAGAGGAAGGAAGAGAAAUGUCUGCAAACAGAAUCCCAAGCAGAGAAUAAAAUGGAUAUCUCUACUCAGACUGCAAAAGAGAUAAAAGAAGAGAAAUGUAUGCAGAAGGAAAGCCAGUUAGAAAAUAAAGCGAAUCUCAUUACACAGGCUACUGAGAAGGUUCUGAAUUCCAAGAAUGGUAAUGUGAGCACAGAGGACAACAAUGACACAAGACUGAGACAACAAUCUACGUCACACAUCAGUACAGAUAAACAAAAAGAGAAAAGUAAAACAAUAUGCUGUUUUUCCUGCGGACUCAAGAAGAAGAAUAAAAAGAAAUCAUAAUUGAUAAGAUUUUUAUGCAACAUAUUUUUCUAUGACAUUUUAUUGAUUCUUUUAAGAGUGAUUAUAUGUCUUGCCAUGUCUGCUGAACUUUAAUGAUUAUUUAUAUUAGAAUUAAUUGUUUGAUGUGUAUUUAAAGUUCAUGAAACAUAUGGAUAUAACGAAUAGUUUUGAAACAUUUUAAAUCCACAAAACAAUACAAAAUAGGAGUAGAGCAAACACGGACCUCCAAAACAUCGGAAGUGGGAUCAGGUGCCAUGGAGGAGUGAGCAUCCCCUGCUGACCAGUCACACCCGCCGUAUGCUUGUCUUGAUAGGAAAAUCACAAGAAAAUCCGUUUACAAUUCAGUGUGUAGAUAACGGCCUAACAAUUAGUAUGAAAAAAGUCAGUCAGCAUUUGACUCAAUGAUAAAUUGUAUUUCCUAUUAAUGCCAUUGUAUCGACCAUAGAACUUACGAAAUGAUGACUUUGAACGUGACUGCUGAUAGUCUUGUUUCAUCAACUUGUUUGUCAAUAAUUUACCUCUUUUUAGAAAUUGUAUAUACGCAGAGCAUGCUCUUGCGUAUCGAAUCAAAUUAGAUAUAUAAACUCGUAUGCAGGUGAUAAAGAUAUAUUUCUGCAUGAGCAAGGGAAGUUGGUUAAUAGAUUACCGUAAACAUCUUUUUUUUAAGUUAAAUAUCCAAAUAUGAAGCAGAUGUGUAAGACUUUUUGGUAUCCAUUAUAUCAAGCUUACUGGGAUAUAUCGUA